UUUCACUUGUGCAAACACGGAGCGAGCUUGCGCCAAGAACAAGAGCUGGCGCUGCCAGCAGCCCUGAAGCUCACUUGGCGGCCAUCUCUGCUAACGCGAGGGUCAUCAGCGGGGCCCUAGACGUGCAGCCGACUGGUGCUGGAGCCUAAAGCAGCGCUUGGACGUCGCUCGCGAGCGUCUCUGGGCUCAGUAGUAUGUCAGGGGGCAAGCCAAGCGGUCCAAUUUACCGACUCCGAUUCGCGUCUCGUGGAAUCUACUGGAGACGGCGGAAGCGACAAGAGAAGCAACACCUUAGUUACCAUGAUUCUGGCUGGCUGUGGGCCUGCCUGCUGCCGCUGCUGCUGCUGCUGCUGGGCAACAUCCGCGGCUCUGGCGCCCAUCUGCACAAAUGGGAUAUCUUGCAGAAGAGUUUUCGCUACAUGCAGGAGACGAUGCUGAGCAACAGCUUAGAGCGCGCUCAUCUCAAUUAUGGCAUUGUGUUCGAGUGCCGCACCAUCUCCGACGCCAGUCUGGGCGACGAAGUGCACUUCCAUCUGCAGCUCGGAGACCUGCGCGGAUUUCGUCGCCUGGAUGCCAAUAAGAAGCUGGCGCUAUUUCUGCACGGCUGGAACGAUCAGGGCAGCAAGGACUGGGUGCAGGAGCUCCUACUGACUUGGACGCUUUUCGACGAGGACUACAAUGUGUGUGUCGUGGACUGGGGCAAUCUGUCGCAGAACGACUACAAAAGCGCCUCGAUGUCCAUCUUCGACGUUGGCCUGACGGUCGCCGGCAUUAUCAUUGCCUUGGAGGAAAUGCGGCCGCAGCACUUCAAUCGGCAGAACAUCACCUUGGCUGGCUAUAGCCUGGGAGCCCAUGCGGCUGGCUAUGCGGGCGCCGUGCUGGGCGGGCAGGUGGAGCAGAUCAUUGGCCUGGACCCGGCUGGGCCGCUGUUCACGCUGCCCGCGGAUGUGCACCCCAAGUACCGGCUGGACAAGACGGACGCCAAGUUCGUCCAGGUGCUGCACACCUCGGGCGGCACGCUGGGCACGAGCCUGAAGUGCGGCCACGCCGACUUCUACCCGAAUGGCGGGCGAGCGCCUCAGAGCAACUGUCUGAUGUUUAUGAAUCUGCGCGACAUGCAGAAUACAAAUCCCAUCGCCUGCAGUCACUCGGCAGCUGCGAUUUUCUUCAGGCAGUCCAUGGACCCGCAGUACCCCUUCAUUGGCUAUGAGUGCGAUAGCUAUCGUGCCUAUCGCGCGGGCUACUGCGAUAACAAUCGGCGCGCCGUAUUCGGCAUCCACUCGCGCCGCUGGAUACAGGGUAGCUUCUAUUUCGACACCAGCUCGAGCCACCCCUACGUGCAACGGCAACGGCCGCAUCGCCGCUGGAAUUGGAUUUGGGAUAGGUCUCACAAUCGGAAUCGCAUUAGCGCCAGGCACUCAGCUAAAGACGAAGCAAUUACACUAAAAGCAACAGCAACAGCAACAGCGAUGGCAACUACCGCCGACCCUCUGGGCCGCACUCCGCAGUGGACGCGACGGUGGCGAAGGCGCAGCCGUGAGCGCCAUCGCUGCCCGUCCAGAUGAGCCCACAGAAGGAGAGCGAGCGAGAGGGAGAGUGGGAGAGGGAGUUGAGCGGAACUAGUUCCUAGUGUUGUUGUUGUUAUAUGCAGGAGAAUCAUUCGAUAUGCAUGUCCGAUAAAAGAAGAGAGCCAGAAGAAGAAUAAGAGUGACGCCCCUACC